AUGGAACACAAGCUAUCAGCAAAAGCAUCCCAAAUACGCCACCGUCUGACAUUCACCAGAAGCAACUCCGCGCGGGCUCUGGAACCAACACUGGUCUCGCCCAUUGAAGUCAGCCCACCCAGCAGUCGUCCCCGGUCAGCAACAAACCCCGAGUCUCCCACCCACGCCGAGCCCACAUGGCACAGGGACCCUGGUCCCACCGGGGGCUACAGUUUCACAGAUGAGCCGGGCUACUUCCGUCCUGCAUCACCGUUUAUCGACCGCCAAGAGAUCGAAGAAGACCUCGAAGAUGAUAUCAAGCAUGCAUGCGCUAUGCUAUCGCACAGCAUUGACCGUGGAAUGCCAGCUGGAUUGUCCUAUCGCAGCGCCGUGACAGUCGGACAAAAUCAGCCCAGUGUCGACGCAGCUCCUUCUUUAAAACAGCAUGUCGUUCUUCUGUCGGCGAUCAACCUCCAAGCAGAAAGCACCAAGAGACAUGAUUCCGGCGUUGGUAUGAUCAAUUCUCCCAGCCAGAUAAGGAGACCGUCGGGCAACAGCGUGUCGGGCACCAACACCUCAGCACGGUUCUAUAACAAACAACCCUCUGCCUCACCGCCACAUAGCCCAUCACCAGGGACCCGCUCCCAGGGCCAGAGUCUAGAAAUAACAAUCGAAGAUAAGGAAAGGGGGCGAACUUGCUCUCCAAGCUCGAUUCCAUUCUACAGUCCUCUCCAAAUGAACAGCGAGUGGACAUGGACAUCCAAGCCCACAACACUCCACAGCCCAGUCAGCUCGCUCAAUGACACCGACAAAAGAUUCGAAGUCACGGAGUCCGAGCUCAAGACACAUCCACACGAGAUUGCCACCGACACAAAUGCGAUCCCCGAGACUUUCUCCCCGGCCAUCUCCCCACACGAAGCACCUCUCGGCUGGACAGGCCGAACCUGGCUUCACGUGAGCGGAGACAUCCCCUGUCUCAUCGACGAAAAUGCGCCAACCGAAGCCAAACAGGCAAAGCCAAUGGCGCGCUUCUACAGUUCCUGCAACCGAACAACAGGGUCAUUACGCUCCCGUGAAUGGCCGCCGAAGGAUUUCUGGGAGGAUCGGGACCUAAAUGUCCACGGCAAAGUCACACCAGAUUCGCUACUAGGCUCUGGAAGAGAGACAUUGUCGAGACCCGAAACAGGUAUCUCGAGAUUGGGUAGUGCUUCGACGAAUGAGGAAGAUUCCCCUGGCGGAUACUUAUAUCCACCGUUUGCCGAUCCCAACCGUGGCAUGUCUUACUCGUCUCCUUGCUUGGCAGAUGGUAAGCACCAGGAGCGUAUUUACUCGGUUGAUAUGCCCAAUUUACCGAAAAACAACCGGCGGAAUAAAGCUUCGCUCUUGCUGAGGAAGUUGGCUGGGCUGGGGAGGAAGAAGGAUAAUGACAAUGGGAAUGAGUUUAUUGAUGGCAGUAGGUCAUGA